CGAACGACGACGCCGUGACGCCGCCCAGCAGUUUGCGUCACCUCCAGCUGCGCGCUGGCAAACUUAUAUUAUACCUACUAUACUUGGUGUGUACCCAGCUGGCUACACGAAAGUCCGCUGACAAUCUUAUUCCACGCCGCGUGGUGCCGACCGGGACCUAAACGAUCACGAAUUCGCUCCGAGCCCCCGCCCAAGUCGUUUCGCGAACGCGUCGCGCUCCUUGGGAGCAUGCCUCGGUCAGCACCGGUAGGCAGGAAGUCGUAGGCACACUUAGAGACACACUGCAGCAGUCGUUCCGUCAUGCAGGAAGCCGGCUGCGAGCCCCCGACGUCUUCUCCUGGGUCCGACGGACCCUCCUGGUACCGAAGGUGCCUGGCCUACCUCAGGAAUCACGGUCGCGUUGAUCCGGCCAAGGUUGAACUGCCGCACUGCGACUUCUUCAUCGUCGGACAGCGCCGAACUCUGCGGGUCUUGAGGCCCGCGCUUAGGGGUCGGUGGUUCUACGAGGGUAACAACGGCCGACCUGAAUCCGUCAAUGACAACUUCUUCUCAAGGUGGUCGAAGCGGCCUCAUCCUUCCGGGAACUGCAGGUGCUCCUUCCGGCAGUCGGCCAGGCUAAGCUCGACCGAGGAGGAGAUCAUUUCGAAGGAGAUAAACAGGAUUCGGACGAGCCUUUGCGAGGCUGAGAAGACCGGGCAGGACAUCGGGGAGAUCGAAAGGAGCGUGGCGAUCAACCUUGACGUGCUGAUCCCCGUUACCAGUCAACCGACCAAAAGGGCGACCGUCGCUGAGGAGAAGAUCGUCAAGACAAAGAUCAUCCAGGAUCUGGAGAGGUACAUAAACGAUCUUCUUCAAGAAAUACUCACCGACUCGGUAAAGUUCGCCGCGGACGUUGAGAAACUUGGACGACGGGAGGGAGGCGACGAUGAAAGCGUGUCCGUCGGCCCCGAUGAACGUAAGUCCGACAAUAACGGUGAGCCGUUCGGUAAUUUAAACUUCGCUUUUCACGCCGACGAGGAGAAGUCAUUGGAACGAAACGGGAGCGUUCGAAAGGAGGAGAUGACGCCUAGUGGUUACGAGAAUCCCGCGUUCUUGGGCUCCUCGAGCGAUCCCGACGGACUUGAGUUCUACCUUAACAGACCAGUGGGCAAGAGCUUGGCCCGCUGCACCAUGGAGCAGCUGGACUGCAUAGACUCCGGAAUAAACAGCGUCGAGACGGUCGAGUUUCAGCCCGACCAGGAGCCCAGCCUGGAGGAAUCGCUGAUGGAGAUUAUAGACGCGAAACUCGGUCGAACGCACCUUCGCAAAAGCUGGGAGGACUUUCAAGCUCCGAAGGCAAAGAGCGCAGGCGACGACGAGCCGACCGAGAAAGUAACGGAGCCCCAAGGGGAGGUUGAAUCACCGCCCGAGACGGGUGGCAGUGAUACCGAUACCUCCGAACCUCUCGACGAGGUUCAAACUGAUCCCAGCUUCGCAAAGCUGCGCUUGGAGUUCAGCAAGAAACCGAUUAACGAGGAAGUUCAGCUUCGAAGAAGGGCCGACUCGAUCAGGUCCUCGCUGGUCGCCCAGGCCAGGGAACGCUCGGAUUCGUUCGGGAGGCUGCAGGAGGACAAGGAAUCGAACGGGUCUGAGCUGGACGACUCGUGCUCCGUGAUCCCGGAGAGCCCGCGCGACAUCGUGCUCUUCCGCAAAAACAGGAAACCCACGAUCGUCUUCCUCCACGGCUUCGGCUCAAGCGCCGACGUCUUCGAACUCCAACUCGAGUACUUCUCCAGUCUCGGCUACCCCUGCAUCGCCCCCGACAUGCUCGGCCACGGACUCAGUUCCGCUCCUGAUCGCGCCAGCGAUUACCACUUCGAAAAGCUCCUGAAGGACCUCGUCGUUCUUCUUCAUCAUUACGCUUUCAGGCCUGGACAUAAGUGCGUCAUAGUCGCGCACAACUACGGGUGCAGUCUCGCCGCCGCGUUGGCCUGCAAGUUCGAAAGCAAUAUUCAUCAGCUGGUCCUGAUAUCCGGCGGUGGUCCAACGCCCCUGGCGAGACCGAGUGCUGAGGGGGCUGCUCACUGCUGCUUAAGAGCGAUGGUGGCUCCUCUUCUGGUCUGCGGUCUUCGCCGAGAGGUCAUGUACUCUCCCAGGGGACGCCAACACCCCUACUGCGGUUCCGAGCCCCCGGAGCAGCGACCUUCCCACAUGAAAUACGUCCUCGAUGGCAUGGUCUGGCCCGAAGGGGAGUACACGCUCUACAGGCGGAUCUGCACACCGACUUUACUCGUUCAUGGACUCAGAGACAACGAGGUGUCACUUGUUCAGGAGUGUCAGAUGGAAAGGACGAUGGUGAAAGCGUUUUUGGAAGCCCUUCCAUCGGCCGGUCACAACCCAAUGACGGACUGUCCGGAACAGCUGAACCACAUGAUUCAUUGUUUCAUAGACUUGUGGAAGAACAAGAAGUGGUAGAAACAAGUAUUCGGGAG